CUUAUUCAUUUAUAAAUGUCAAAAUCCAAGACACGUCUGGGAUAUGAACGACAACGUUGAGGAUUUCUACCCGAAGCCUCCCAUUUCGAGGAUCAAGCGAUCUUGGGAGAGUACAAACCACUGGGGCGAAAGCUCGGAGGCGGCAUUCGAGAGUCCUGUGAAAAAAACAUGUGUCUCGGAACCGGUAAACUUCCAGCAGUCAAAUAUACCUGAAUUUGCCAGCCCCAAUGAGCCAGGUUUUCCAUCUCUAGUUGAUACACUAGGGUUUCAACAUACACCAUCUAUCGAACCGACAGCACCUAGCUCAUCGAUAUUCUCAGGAGAUCAUAUGCUACCACCUGCAGGUGAUUCUGGAUACCUAGACUAUCUUUCUCCCGAUAUCUUAUAUCUAGAACAAUCCUGCAUCAAUAAAAGCCUGCCCGCCCAGAAACAUGUAUCUUUGCAACACUGGACACCACAGGGUGACGAAGGAUGGCAGUCCUUCAAUUCCAUGGAUAAUAUCUAUUUCGAUUGGCCAACUCCCAGUUUUUCAUCAUUCCAAGACCUCAACACGAAUAAUGAAUGGGUGAAUUGGGAGGAAACCUCAAAUUUAGUCGCAGAAUAUAAUGAUAUCAGCAUAAAUGAUAAUCUGGUUGAAGGUUCCAGCUGUAUUGAUAGCUCAUGCAAUGGGAGAAAUUCGGAAUAUAACCUUAAUAACGACGACGUCUAUAGCCUUACGCCAUUUUCAAACUCACCUCCUACGGCCCAGGAUAUCGUGGGUGAUCACCUUAUCACAACUGAUGAAAUCCACCACGAAGUUUCAUACGACUCUUGUUUUGGUGUGAUGAUCUUCGAAGACUUCAAAGUUCAUGACAACUUUUAUAAAGGAAAAACUACUAUUAAGCACGUUUCGCUCGAAGUGACUGGGGCUAUCCGUAACGCGAGCUCAAAUGAAUACGGUGGCCUCCUUAAUCGCAGUGCAUCCCGUGUCGUUUCCGAUCUCAAUAAUUCCUACGACGUCGAGCUCUCGGCAUAUAUGACGAGCCGGAAUAAGAUUGAGGUACUAAUAUAUGGCAGGUUUGAACAAGGAGAAUCCAUUGGAGACAUGCUGCUUGAGCGGGAUUGUUUCCUCCAACAACCAAAAUCAUAUGAUACCUCACGGCCAUACUAUAACCCUCAGUGCCUCUCGAACCCUAACGAAGGAGAUUCGUUUUGGAAAGACAACGGGCCAUCCCCAGCCCAAAGCACAGUAUUGCCCGAGAAAGAAAAGAGCAGAGUCGUUGAGUUAUUCGACUCUGCGACCGGUCCUGUAAAUUUCAGAAGGAUCCAAAUUUCCGAAAUUCUUAUCUCAAAGCUGAAAGAGCAUCAAAUCAAAGCCCUCUCCAUGAUGACAGAAAAAGAAUCGGGAAAUAUUUGCCAAGCAGAAUUCCCUUCGGUAUGGUCUACGAGUUUGGGUGCAAAGGGAUUCAACAAUCACGUCACCAAGAACUAUACCACCCGAAAACCGAGAUUAUGUCUGGGUGGUCUUCUUGCAGAUGAAAUGGGUCUUGGGAAAACCUUAACAGCAUUAGCACUAAUCGCAACAUCAUUGAGCAAUGAUAAUGUGACCUUGAUAGUAUGCCCUAUGACGACUAUCACGUCUUGGCAAGACCAGAUUGAAAGACACUUUAGGAAGGGAUCUCUUACUUACAAGAUUUACCAUGGAUCAGCGAGGAAUUAUGAUCUUGCCGCUCUAAAGAGCGUCAAUAUAGUUAUAACAACAUACGAGACCCUCAGAGCCGACUUUAUAGAGGAAGGAGGUGUAAGACGAAGAUCGAAUAAAGCUACUAAGGUUGAUCAGCUCCAUAGUAUCAGCUGGCAUCGGGUUAUACUAGAUGAAGCCCACGUCGUGAGAAAUCGCGCUACAAAGAAGUUCCAGGCCGUCAAUAUGCUCAGAGCUAGGCAUCGCUGGUGUUUAACCGGCACGCCGAUCCAGAACCGCUUGGAAGACUUAGGUGCCCUCGUCGAAUUUUUGAAAGUUGGCCCGUUCGAUAACCCUAGCGUCUUCGAGAGCACGUUCAUAACCCCCAUCGACCAAGGGGGGCAAUCUGGUUGGGAACGACUCAGAUGUUUGGUCAGAUCUAUUACCUUACGCAGAACCAAAAAGGCCCUCGACUCUGAUCUCAACCUCCCCCCUAGAUUCGAAACUGUCCAUUUGGUUAAAUUGGAUGAGAGGGAGAUAAGUCUCUAUAAUUUAAUGAAAAGACAUUUCGCCUUAGCCAUCGACUCGGGCGGCUCGGCUAUGCAAACAUUUCAACUCAUCCUUCGACUUCGACAGAUUUGCAACCACGGAAGCGACUUGCUUCCCCCAAGUCUACGGGCUUGGCUCAACGAAGCAUCCGCAUUCGAUACUGACUUUCCGCGGCUUCAUAGCUGCGAAAAAUGUGAUGCAACCAUCAUCGAUGAAGAUGAGGUAUCGCCUUGCGUGCUUUCAUGCUUCCACCAGGUUUGUCGCGCAUGUAUUCCAAAUGAUGACACCCCCACCAAUGGAGGUAGCCCCAUUUGCCCCUUAUGCGACGAUGGAACCUUGGGAGAAAACAAGAAAACGAACGUUAGGUGGAGGACGAUAUCCCAGUUUGAAAAAACGAUUUAUCGCCCUUCAUCGAAAGUCAAAGCCUUACUUCAUAAUCUGCAAAGCGAUCGCCAGGCGACAACUAAAUCUAAUCAGCCAUCAGCAAAAAGCGUUGUAUUCUCAACAUGGACCAGCAUGUUAGAUCUCAUCAGCGAAGCUCUCUCUACGAAUAACUUUGAGUAUCAAAGACUCGAUGGAAGCAUGAAUUUGUCACGGAGAAGUCUCGCACUCAAGGACUUUCGCGAAAAUCCAAACUGCACGGUAUUGCUUGCAUCACUCGGAAGUGCUGCAGUUGGACUUGACCUCACCAUGGCUACUCGUGUACAUUUAAUGGAGCCGGGAUGGAAUCCUUUAUUAGAGCAACAAGCCAUAGACCGUAUCCAUCGCUUAGGACAAGAAAGGGAGGUUAUUGCUACUCGAUAUGUUGUGUCGGGCUCGGAUUCAAUCGAACAGUAUGUUCUAAAACGGCAAGAACAUAAAAUUAACAUCAUUAAAUUAUCCCUUGAAGAACCAAAGACCAACCGCGACAAGGUUGAGGAUAUUUUAAGAGACCUGAGACGUACCAUGUUCACCUAGCGUAUAACCUACACGGUACGGGUAGAUAUAACUAAGUAGAUACCUAGGCAGGUGUAUUACAAUCAAAGACACCU